CAAACAGAUGCAGCUUUCACGGUCAUAUCUUUCAGUGAAAACAAAUUGGAGAAAUUAUUCCAAACCAGUGACCAAGGUGUCAACAGGAUAACUCACCACAGACUCAUCCGGGCGUACCCAACUGCGAUAAGGAUAGAUUCUAGUAACUAUAACCCUGUGCCCAUGUGGAACCAUGGCUGCCAAGUUGGUAAGUUGCUGAUUUUAAAAACAGAACUGAAUGACCAAUGCCUGGCCUAUUCAAUGUGCUGGAUCAGAAUUCAGAUCAAAAUAACCAAAUGAUACAAAUUUAAUUGUAUUAGUUUGUUUUUUUAAAGUGUACCUUGCACUUCAAGUGUUUUUCAAAUAAUGAAAAGGUGCAUAUUAAGACUUUAAGAUGUACAUGUUUCCAGGUUUUCUUAUAACUGUAAGGAAACAUUUUUGAGAGAUGACUUUCAAGUUUCAUAUAAGUUAGGGCUUCAAAAAGCUUAAAUUUGGCACUGCACUGGGUGGUGGUUGAGGGGAAGACUGAAUUAGAAUAGCUUUAUUAACAUAUCCUUUAGAAGUAAUUCUAUGAAAUAGAUUCAGUUAUUUUGAUAAUGCUACAAUUUAAGUAGUGGUUUUAAAUUUUUUUAGUUGUGAUGAACAAUUUUCCUCCAAAGCUCGUGUACAAAUUUUAAAAAAAUUAUUUGAAUGUAUUUACAGUUGCCUUAAACUACCAGACUAGCGGUGAAGCAAUGCAGCUCAAUCAUGGUCGAUUUAUGGACAAUGGUGGUGUAGGAUAUGUUCACAAGCCAUCAGUCUUGUUAUCAGGUAGAGACUUAUUCUCUUAA